CCAAACUUUUAUUCCAACAAAAAAAACUUUUUUUUUUCUAGUACGUGUGUAUAUCCAUUGUUUUCCGGGUGAGGAAGUGGAUGCAUUUCCAGCAAUGUCGCUUUCUUCAACUUGCCUCCGCUUUCCUUCCACUCUCUCAUCUCCUCUCGCUCACCCACGCUUCCUUCCUCCCCAAUUCCAUGGUUAUGCUUUCUUCACAGUUACUUCCCGCCAAAAGUCUAUCAAUCAAAAGCAAACAAGUAAUUCUGCUGCAAUUGCAAAUCUCAAUUCUCCAAUGGCAGGGAACCGGCCUUUGAUUAAUAGAGAGCCUAUGGUGCCUCCUUACAAUGUUCUUAUCACUGGCUCAACAAAGGGAAUAGGGUAUGCACUAGCUAAGGAGUUUCUAAAGGCGGGUGACAAUAUUGUAAUUUGCUCAAGAUCAGCUGAGAGGGUGGAAUCCGCUGUUCAGAACCUGAGAGAAGAAUUUGGAGAGGAGCAUGUGUGGGGUACAACAUGUGAUGUAAGAGAAGGACAGGAUGUGAAGGAUCUAGUUGCAUUUGCAAAAAAACACCUCAAUUACAUUGAUCUAUGGAUUAAUAACGCAGGAUCCAAUGCAUAUAGCUAUAAGCCUUUGGCAGAAGCAUCAGAUGAAGAUCUUAUUGAAGUUGUCACUACAAACACCCUUGGUUUAAUGAUAUGUUGCAGAGAGGCAAUUAAAAUGAUGUUGAACCAACCUCGAGGGGGUCAUAUAUUCAACAUUGAUGGAGCUGGUUCUGAUGGACGACCAACCCCAAGAUUUGCUGCAUAUGGGGCAACCAAGCGCAGUGUUGUGCAUUUAACAAAAUCAUUACAG